CACUUCUCAUGCUAACGCUCCGGUGCUGCACCUGCUCCUACUAUAAACUGAUGUGGCAGCUCAAGGACGGGGCUGUUUCUCUAUCGGAACACAUUCCCUCCGCAUGCACAGUCUCCAUUUCACGGAAUAUGAAAAUCCAUGGAGUCAUUUGAGAGCCAUGCGUGUUCUCCCACAGUUGGCAGGCAGGUAUUUUCCCACAGCCAGGCGUCGCACUGGGGAAGCAUCAUCUCAGUGCUGGUGAUGUAGCAUGGAUGCUAGCUUCCUAAUGGACAACACGCAUGUUUGUAUUCGUGCGUAGAGGCAACUUGGACACGUAGCGUGAACGGCCUUUGUUUUAAUGUCAUGGACUGUCAUCACUCGCCUCAUGGGACACACGCGCUCCUCCACCAGUCAGAACUUCCACACGAGCAACUCUGACGUGACUGUUACGUGUCGGCUGACAUUUACUUGAUCGUGGUGAAAAAGAAGAAGAAGGGGAACGGGUGACAUUUCUGCUUCAAAGUCCUCAUCCACUCGGCGGCGGGCGGAGCGUCACAUGGCUCCUCUCAGCCCGCGUCCCUCUUGGUAGAAACUUCACGCGUGUGUCGGGGGAUGUGGAGCAGCUCUGCAGACAGAGGGCCGACACAGGACUGUCACACCAACCCGGCUGCGUGUCACCGUGGACGGGGCAGCGAGCGUUAACCCAGGGCCAAGACUCACAGCUCACACCUCAGCAGGCGACACGGAACCAGCGUCGCCACACACAUCCACCGUGAGGACCGGAAGACUCGUGGUCCAGCUGUGUGCGUGCUGGAGGCGGUUCACGGAACCAGUCAUGACGAAGCACUUCUGCGCUGUGUUAUCUCUGCAGUCAUUGGAUGUUGUAGUGAAGUGGACACAGGCUGAAGUGAUGCUCAGCCUCAUGUGCACAAUGUGUUAAACCAGGAGUCCUCACAUCCCUUACAUUCCUGUACAUGCACACAUUACUCCCGGGACCUCAUCUCAGCCUCUGUGGAUUACAGUGACACCUUGGAUCCCAUUAUUUUAUUGCCCCCCCCCCCCCCACCAGCUUGCUUUGCUGGGCACAGACCUCCUGGACACCCCCCCCAGUUGCCCGCUGAUGGCGCCCAGACACUGUCCUCUGGUUUUCUGUUGUUCUUUUUCACCAUGCACUGAAGACUGAGCUGGAGGACAAGAGUCAGUCAUGCCUAUCAGAAAAAAAGACACAGCUCGAGCCUUGGGGCUUCUGGAGGAGUACUGCACGAAACUGAGGAAGCCGGAGGAGCAGCAGCUCAAAACUGCCAUUCAGAGAGUGAUGGGGAUUUUCAAAAGCAAUCUGUUUGAAGCUCUUCUUGAUAUCCAGGAGUUCUAUGAAGUGACGCUGCUAAACACACAGAAGAGUUGUGAGCAAAAGCUUGAGGAGGUCAACCACAUGGCUGACAAGUGGGAGAAGAGUGUUUCCGUACAGAACUCUGAUGUUGCACACUCGGCCUGUCCAAUGGAGGAGCAGGGAGACCACAACAGCUCAGAUCAUAGUGGGAUGGAGCAGGGAGAGAGCAGUACCAAGUCUUCUGAGAACAGGCCACCAGCAGUACAGGGGUCACCCCACAACGGCCAGACCCCACCCUGCAUGAACCCUGCCUUGAUGAACGCUCCCUGGCAGUACCACUACCAAGACGACGACUCGCCCCCUCUUGACCAGGGAUUCCCACGACUUACCAACGAGGUGCGCUCCCCUGAGCUUGUGCACGUGUCCGAGAAGAACUUGUCUGAGAUCGAAAAUGUGCACGGCUACGUUUCCCACUCCCACAUCUCUCCUCUCAAGCCUGCACUGGUUACCCGUUUUGAUCUUGCAUACCCGAGUGUGACCACAGCAAACUACAUGGCAAGUUUUAUUUUCUUUAAUUUUAUUUAACUUCAG